UGUCAAUUUUCAGUAUUACCACAAAUUCCCCUCCCGGAAGAAACCAGUGUGGAAGUUGGUAAAUGAAUAUUAACGCUGAUUGAAAUGGCGUCAGUCACGGUACGUGGCUGUGCUCUCUGGACCGUGUGUCUGCUCAACUUUGCGUUUGUUUCCAUAUCCGGUGCAGACUUCAUUCGGUUUAUAUCAUUUCGAGCCAUUUACCACAACAUCACCGGAGAGACGACCCUCUGUCAGGACUCCAUACCGUGGUCGGUGGCUCUGCAGGACAGCUCUGUCCUCGGGUCUCUUGUUGUGGAUUUGGGGCUGCUGGCUCUCUUCAUCACACAGCACAGUCUGCUGGCCUGGUCACCUGUCAAACAGGCCCUCCAAUCAGUGCUGGGGGCCCUGAACAGGACAGCAUACUGCUUCACCACCGUGCUGGCACUCCAGAUCUUGAUGCGUUACUGGCAGCCUGUGACUGGCGCCCCCUGUCUGUGGUCAGUGCGUCAUGCACCCUGGAGUAUCUGGUUCCCUCUGCUCUGCUUCAGUCUGCACUUCCUCUGCUGGGCAAUCAUCUGCAGCAUCCUCAUGAUCUUUGACUACUCUGAACUGCUGGGCAUCAAGCAGGUGUAUUACGAUUGUCUCGGUUUAGGGGACCCCCUGUCCCAUAAGUCACCUGGUGCCCAGCGCCUCCUGUCUCACCUCCGCCACCCGGUGUGCGUGGAACUGGGCGUGGUGCUGUGGCUUCUGCCAGCGUUGUCCCUAGACAGGCUCCUGCUGGCGGGGACUCUGUCGACCUACCUGGCCCUGGCACACUCUCUGGACAAACAGGAUGUAAGCUACCUCUGCGUCCAGCUUAACAGCAAGCUGCAGCUCUUUGCCGAGCCGCACCAUGGCAGCGCUGACACCAGCGACCACAAGGACAAGUGAAGCGAAGGUGUUCUUACUGCUGUGAUGUGAAGGUGGCUGCUGUUUUAAAAUUAUUAGAAAGUUUGUUUUGAAACUGAGUUCUCAAUAAGCCGGGUUAUCUGCUGCGCUGAAUAAUAAUGACACUACUUGACACUCGUCGUUUUUCUUUUCACUGUGUAUGGGAUUUCAUAAAGGAGAUUUUAUUCCUACAUUUGAUAACACAAUUAUUAUUUUAUAUUCUGAGGAUAUUUCUAUAUAUUCUGAUUAAAUAUAGGAAGAAAUACUCCUAAAUGUAAUCAGAAUAUGGAUGGUUUUAUUGCAAAAAAAAAUAUUUUGUGUCAGAUUCAUACAGUAUAUUUUUAUAGGCUUGUUACGUUCCAACUGCAGGUACAAUGUAUUUCUCUGCGCACUUAUUUUCAAGUUCAAUUGUCUUAAUUGUCUUGUCUGAAAAAGAAUGUGCCACUGAGGUUUCACACUGUCAAAAAGCACAAAAAUGCAGCCUUCAUUUUCAGAAUUUGCAGCUACAAUGAAAAACAAAUGGCAUUUCUAAGAUUAUGAAUGUAUUUCCUCGGUUGCUUUAUAUUAUGUUGGGGACACCUCAACAGUAAUCUCAUGAACAAAGUGAAUACAGUUGGUAUUUCAAACUUCAAAGUACUGUAAUCUUUGAUUCAACAUGUAUUGUAUGCUAGUAUUAGUUGUCUGCAUUGUGUCCUCACUGUAAUGACAAAAAUAACUAUUUUCAAGAUCAGUUUGAAUAAAUGUGAUACGCUGUAUACUGUAGUGUGUGACAUGCUUUUGGUUUAUUUACACUAUUUUUAUAUUAGAGGUGUUUCUGAUAUUUAACCUACCCUACCCAUAAGUGGGGUGGACAAUAUGAUAGAAACACCUGUGAGUGUAACACAAUACAACUCAGCAGCACCACAAACUGCUCCCUCCAAAAUGAUCAUACAGUUGAAUCAACACCUCUC